AUGGCUGAUGCAGCGGAUGCAGCGGAUGCUGCCGAGAUUCACUGUCCUUCGGAGGCCGUGGAGGCAGCGGGCGUUGAAGAUUCACAGCCUGCAUCGGGUGACCGUGACCCAGUGGUUGCUGUGCCUGAUUCCCCAGAGGGUCUUGGUGAACAGCCUGUUGUGGAUUCCCAGAUUCCCGAAAGCUUUGACGAUUCACAACCUGUGGAUAUGCCUGCGACCCCAGCUUCUGACCAUGGACAAGGUGAUGCAGUGUUGAAGCUCUUGCGAGCUGUCAAAAUGAAACUGAACCAAGCCCAUCAUGCGGCCGCUAUCCGGGGCAUCGCCGCCACAGCGCCUCCAGGUAAGCCAGAUGCUUCCGUGCCAGCUGCUGCGCCUGCUACAUGUCCGGCAGGUGGUUCGAAAGACCCUUGUCCUGACAACAUGCCGACGCUCGAGAUGGAUUCUGGCGACAUCACUGAUGCCAUUGCGAAAGCUGAACAAGCUAACUUGGAGCAGAUGUCGAAGGAAGUGCCUGAAGCUGCUGGUGAUGGUGGGAUCAAGGAAUUCCUGCGCACCCAGCAGCUUUCUCUGUCGAAGGCCAAGGCUCGAAAAGCCAAAGGUGAUGAAAACUCUGAGGAGGAGGAUGAAGAUGAAAAGGACGAUGAUCAGGAGGAGGAUGAGGAGGAGGAAAAGCCCCGGAAGAAAAAACCACGGGGCAAGGCAAAAGCUAAGGCGAAGGCGAAGGCAACACCCAAAGCGAAGGCAAAAGCCACGCAGAGUUCCAAGGGCAGCAGCAAGCCUUCGAAACCUGUGCAUUCCAAACCAGAUGUUGCUGAAGUUGUUGCUGAUAGCGAGAUGGAGCCUGAGGAGCCCGAUGCUGAAAAAGUCAAGGUCAAGAUGCACAAGCGCAAGAAGCCUGAUGCCAGUCAGCCAGAAGCUGAGGAUGUUGAGACUGAGAAGAAGAAGGGCAAGACAAAGGAGAAAGUGGAGAAGACAGAGAAGAAUGAGAAGAAGGCGAAGAAGAUGACAGAGAAGGAGGAGAACCAGGAGGGCAAGAGCACCUUUGCGAAACGUGCCCCCAGAGCUUCGAGUUGGGACAAAUGGCAUGCGAUUCGUGACUCCUACAAUUCCUUUGUGAGGGACAAGGUCGAUCACCACACCUAUGUGGAGGACUACUGGUGGCACUACUGCAAUGAAAUCCUCGCCAACAAUGGUGGCAAACUCAAGGCCCUCAAGGAAAAGGUGCUCUACGAUUUCCUGUGCCUGGAGCAUGUCUGUGCUUGCAUGAAUUCUACGGGAUCUGCAUACAUCCAAAGCUUCAGUCCUGCAACUGCGGAGCCUGCCACCAAGAAGAAGAAGGUACAGAUGCUGGCCAAUCUUGGCUUCCGUCCCGGCCACAAGCCUCCAGCUUUGCGACGAAGACGAGAAGGCCUGCCCCGGCCAGAAUAUCGAUUCGUAGAGCACUAUGCAGGGCAAGCAGAAAUGACCAAAGCUGCAUCGAAAGAGUUCGGUGCAAGUGUGGGUCUUGAUAAACUGUACCACCGUUCCAUGGAUGAGUUCUUUGCGCAACUUGGGUAUCAAUAUGUCGCGGAACGACAAUGCGGUCGUUUCUUCGACCACUUGGUCGGGAGGAGCUUCGAUGUGUCCAGGACCUACACAAAGGCUUUUGCUUUCCACAUGACCCGCAUCUUGAAACCCAAACGGAUCGACCCCAAGCCUUCUUCAGCUGAUCCAGCCCAGCAGCUUCUGAAUCUGUGGCAUCAGUCAGAGGGCCUCGGGGACCGCUGGGUGGAUGCCGGCCUCCCUGGCUUAGCCCACUAUGUCUUGGGAGCACGUGGUUUGAAAGUGCCAAGCCCAGCCCCAGCAACGGUUCUUCGCCACAGCCGGUCAGCAGAGACCUUGCUGUCUGGCAUAUAUGCCAUGGAUGUUCAAGCUGUGAAGAAUGAGCUGCCAGAUGACCCUGCAGAGUUGUUGAGGUUGCAUGAGGAGCUGUCAAGGAUGGCGCCCAAGAAUACGAUGCUGAUUCGUGGAAUUUCUGAUGCCACAACUAUUCCAGCCACUGCUGAGGAGUUGGCGCAACUGCGUGCAAGUCUGCCAGCUACUUCACCGUCACCAUCCUUGGACGAGAAGGGUGAAACUCGGAAGUUUCAAAAGCCGACAGCUUGCAAAGGUUCUGCCCCAGCCCCACCAGCCAAUGGUGUAUCUACUGUGGCUACUCCAUGUGACUCUCUUACGCCAACCCCAAAAGUUCCACCGGUGCCAAUGCAGGGACUCCGGGCACCUGCACCCCGCACACCAGAGGGAGAGGCGCCAUCGAAAAAACCUCGGGUUGACACGAAUCAACGGAUUGCACGCUUGUUGGGUCCCAGCCAAGCACCAAGUGCGAAGGCAUGUCCUCCUACUGUUUCACCUACAAGUGUUGCCCGAAGUCUUGCAUCUGAGCUGGAUGAUGUGAGUUUGUCCAACGAGCCUGUGGCCCGUGAGUCUAGCUUGGUCUUCCCAAAGAGGGUGGAACAUGAAGGAGGUGAAUGUUUGGCGGCAUUUACGCCAUCAGCUGCACCUGGUUCCCCUGAUACACAAGAUGCGAAGUAUCAAGAGCUACUGGCUGUGAUCGAGAAGCAACAGGUUCCAGGAGCGAAGCGGUCAGAAGCUGCAGUACCGGAGGAGACCAGGACUUCACCUGCGGCAGCUCCACCCGUCCCUGCUGGGACGAAACCCAUGUCCGUGCAAGAAACUAGUGGUGAUGAAGCUGAGUACCCAGUUGUGAUGCAUGCAGCCACUAUGACUCGGAAUGAAAAGCAGAAAGUUGCACGUGUGGUCACACCCAAGGGAAGCAGUGGUCAUCUCGAAGUACCCAAUGAUAUUUUCAAAUUGUGGAACACGAAAGCUGGGAAAGAGAAACUCUAUGCACUUUGGGCUAAGAGCGGAGGUGUUAAGGCAGUGUUUUUGGAAAGGGUCACAAUUUUGUCAUCGACCACGCGAAGCAAGAAACUCCAAGUCACUGGUGGUUUCUAUUCCGAAGAAGACAUGAAGAAGGAGUUAAAUUACAAAGAGGACCGCAUUGAGAAGAUCAAGAAAUGGGCGAUCAGCAAGAAGCUCGUGAGGUUGUGUGAAUACGAUGAGGACACGCCUGAGUAUUGGGUCAACACACGCACUUCGGGAACUUUGUCGCGUGAGGAUGUCGAGACCAUGUCAAGGGAGCGCACUCAUGACCAAACGGUUGGUGCGGACUCUUUCGCACUAGGGGAUGGCCCCGAGGACACUGAGGGUGCAGGUGGAUUCAAUGCUGAUUUGGGUGCCAGCGGCAUGGAUCUGGAAGGGGACAGCCAAGUGACCGCACAGUCAAAACUUGGGUCCUAUUUGAAGAAUGCCUUGAAGACCAAGAACUACAAGAAGCUCAACAGCAUCAUCAAAUCCAUCGACUUGCACUACGAAACACUGUCUGAUAUCCAAGCGGAGGGAUCCAUCAAUGGUUUCACGGCUGAGCACUUCGUGACAAAGGCCAAGAAGCAUCGACGCUCUAAGACUGAGGCUCCUGCGAAAGAGUGUGUGGAAGCAGCGAUAGCUGCCCGGAAAAAAGAUUCAUGCCGUGUUUUGGCAAAGAUUGCCAGUGCGAAACUGGAUUCUGCUGAUGAACCUUUGUUUCGGCCGCAUCCAGAUUGCCAUGGCAACAGCUCGGAAACACCAAAAUUUUCAGCUGGUAUCAAUCUUCGAGGUAGAUCUUUGGCAAACAGAUUUCUCUUCACUGCCCUGAAAUGUGAAUACUACAAGGAUGAGCACCAUCGGUUUGACGAACUGAUUGAUAUAUGGGCGCAAAAAAUGAAGGACCUCUUCGAAACAGGUUUCGAAUUUGGGGGUGACACUUGGAAAAUUGGAGUGCUUGGCCUCACAGGGGAUGCUCCCUUUCUUCGUGAAGCUGGUCGUCACAAUAGAUCAUUCUCGAAUGUUCGAAAAAGUGCUGCUUCGAAUCGGAUCUUGAAAGGUGUUUGCUGGCUGUGUGAUGCUGGCCGUACAAAUGGUCCAGCUUAUGAGGAUGUGAACAUCUUGACUGCGGAUUGGCUCGGCACAGUUGGUCCCAGAAAUCCUUUGCCCUGGACAUCCCAAUCCCCGCUCUUGGAACACUUGUUCAUGGACCAGAAUGACCCUGCUAGCUUCUAUUUGCCGGACACCUUUCAUAUAUACUACUUUGGGGUAGGGAAAGACUUCGCGUCAUCAUCUUUGAUAUACCUUGCCAAAACAGUCUUCAAAAAAAGGAAUAUCGAUGCCAGCAUUGAUGCAAUCAAUGGAGAACUCCAGCGUUACCUUGCUUUGCACAAAACAGAGCGAGCACACUUUGGAAGAAAAUUUUCUAAGGAACUACUUGGAUACAAAUCUGGUCGCCACUAUCCAUUUGGUCGCUGGUCAAAGGGUGCUGACACAUCGUUUGUUGUCAAAUUUGUCGAGUGGUUGGUUGAUGAAACUGUUGCAUCCAAUGGUGAAUGGAGUUCUGACUUUGUGAUCCUCAGUAUCCGGGAUGGGUGCAAGGCCAUCGGGACGUUCUUGCGAAUUUUGUUUGGGUCGUCAUUUUGGUUCACACCUCAAGGAGCAAAAGACGCUAUUCUCUCCGGGCUUGAGUUCUCUCGCAUGUUCAUGCGCUUGGCUUCUGUUUGCGUGGUCCGAAAGCAGUGUUUAUAUAAGGUGACGCCAAAGGUCCACAUGUACUCGCAUAUCCUCCUACGAAUGCUUACAGAGUAUCGCAUCGACCCAUCUGCUGUUGUAAACCCAUUGUCAUCUUCAACUUUUCAGUGCGAAGACUUCGUAGGGCAUGUGGCAAGGAUGUCAAGAAGAUGCUCUGCAAAAGUGAAUGGUACCAGGAUCAUUCACCGCUACUUAGUGGCAAUUGAAGGUGCUUUCAGGCUUGAAGCUGCUUGA